AUGAAACCGAAAGUACAUUUGUUGUUUUGUACAGAAUCCAUUUUGAGACGACACCAGAAACCACUAUUCGGAGAGUAAAACAUAAAGGUCCAGCAGAAGAGACCAGACUCACCUGGACCCAACUGUGUGUCCAUGAAGAGUGACUCAUCUAUGGAGCAGCCAAUGAAAUUCAGAAAUGGAGAUUGUACCACUGAUCCAUGGGUCCAGCAAAAGAGACCAGACUCACCUGGACCCAGCUGUGUGUCCAUGAAGAGUGACUCAUCUAUGGAGCAGCCAAUGAAAUUCAGAAAAGGAGAUUGUACCACCGAUCCAGGCUCUCUGCCAGAGGAUCCGUCCAGGUGUGCAGUGUGUCAGCAGGUGCAGAGGGAUCCAGUCUCUAUCUCCUGUGGACACAGGUUCUGCAGACAGUGCAUCACCAGAUACUGGGAGAGACCUGCUCCUUCAGGAGACUAUGACUGUCCUCAGUGUAGAAAGACAUCCAGAACACUUCCUGUACUACGGCACCUGAGUGAACCCAAUGAUGCAAGAGGCUCUGAAAUCAUGGAUGACGGCCUACAGAGAGCCAUAGUAAACCAUAAAGACAGUCUGACAAGGAGGUAUGAAUGUGUGAUAGGCAUUGAAAAAGCAGGGAAUCAAACUCCCCUCAACAGGAUUUACACAGAGCUCUACAUCACAGAAGGAGAGAGUGAAGGGGUUAACAAUGAACAUGAGGUGUGGCAGCUUGAGACAGCAUCCAGGACACCAACCUCACAUGACACAGCAAUCCACUGCAAUGACAUCUUUAAACUCUUCCCUGGCCAGGAGAGAAGCAUCAGAACUGUGCUGACGAAGGGCAUCGCUGGCAUCGGAAAAACAGUCUCUGUGCAGAAGUUCAUCCUAGAUUGGGCUGAAGGGAAGGCAAACCAAGAUGUGGAUGUCAUAUUUGUGUUUCCUUUCCGGGAGCUGAACUUGAUUAAAGAUCAGCAGUACACUCUUCUCAGACUUUUAAAUGACUUCCACACAGAACUAGACAUAGGCAAUGCAAAGAAACUCACAGCCUGUAAAUCUAUGUUCAUCUUGGAUGGUUUGGAUGAAAGCAGAUUUCCAUUGGAUUUCCAGCACAAUGAAAAGGUGUCUGAUGUCACACAGACAUCGUCUUUUGAUGUUCUGCUGACAAACCUCAUCAAGGGGAAUCUGCUUCCCUCUGCUCUCCUUUGGAUAACCUCCCGACCAGCAGCAACCAAUCAGAUCCCUCCUGAGUGUGUUGACCAGCUGACAGAGGUACGAGGGUUCAAUGACCCACAGAAGGAGGAGUACUUCAGGAAGAGAUUCAGUGAUGAGGACCUGGCCAGCAGAAUCAUCUCACACUUAAAGACAUCAAGGAGCCUCCACAUCAUGUGCCACAUGCCAGUGUUCUGUUGGAUUUCUGCAACAGUCCUUGAACACAUGUUGAGUACAGACAAGAGCAGAGAGAUGCCCACGACUCUGACUGAGAUGUCCAUACACUUCCUGCUCAUUCAGAGCAGCCUGAAGAACCAGAAGUAUCAUGGAAGAGAUGACAUGGAUCAAGAGGAGCUCAUGGAGUCAGAUAAGGACAUUCUUUUGAAGCUGGGGAAGCUGGCGUUUGAACAUCUGGAGAAGGGUAAUCUCAUGUUCUAUGAAGAAGACCUGAAAGAGUGUGGCAUUGAUGUCAAAGAAGCCUCAGUGUACUCAGGAUUGUGCACACAAAUCUUUAAAGAAGAGUCUGUGUUCUUUCAGAGAGUGGUGUACUGCUUUGUUCAUCUGAGCAUUCAGGAGUUUCUCUCAGCUGUCUACAUAUACCAUUGUUACACAACCAAGAAAAUGGAUGAACAGAAGCCCUUCCUCAAGAGAAAGUCUAGAGCUGUGUCUGAAGUGCUAACCUUGCAUGAGCUGCUGAAGAGUGCUGUGGAUAAAGCCUUGGAGAGUAAGAAUGGACACCUGGACCUUUUUGUCCGCUUCCUUCAUGGCAUGUCACUGGAGUCCAAUCAGAAACUCCUACGAGGUCUGGUGACACAGACAGAAAGGAGUCCAGAGAGCGUCCAGAGAACGAUCCGAUCCCUUAAGGUGAUGCAGAGGAAGAACAUCUCCCCUGAGAGGUGCAUCAAUCUCUUCCACUGUCUGAUAGAGAUGAAAGACCAGUCAGUCCAGGAGGAAAUCCAAGCAUACUGGAGGUCAGAGAACACAUCCAAAAUCCUCACACUUGCUCACUGUUCAGCACUGGCCUACAUGCUGCAGAUAUCAGAGGAGGUUCUGGAUGUGUUUGACCUGAAGGUAUACAAGACGUCAGAGGAGGGUCGUAGGAGACUGGUCCCAGCUGUGAGAGGCUGCAGGAAAGCUCUACUCACUGACUGUGAACUCACGGACACAUCCUGUGAAGUGUUGGUCCCAGCUCUCAGUUCAAACUCCUCAAACCUGAGAGAGCUGGAUCUGAGUAACAAUGACCUGAAAGAUUCAGGAGUGAAGCUGCUCUCUACUGGACUGGGGAAUCCCCACUGUAAACUGGAGACUCUGAGACUCGCUGGCUGUAAACUCACAGAAGCAUCUUGUGAAGUGUUGGCCUCAGUUCUCAGCCGAAACUCCUCACAUCUGAGAGAGCUGGAUCUGAGUAACAAUGACCUGAAGGAUUCAGGAGUGAAGCUGCUCUCUGCUGGACUGUGGAAUCCCCACUGUAAACUGGAGACUCUGAGGUUGUCGCUCUGUGGAGUCGAAGAGGAAGGCUGUGCUUCUCUGGUCUCAGCUCUGGAGUCAAACCCCUCACACCUGAGAGAGCUGGACCUGAGUAACAAUCACCCAGGAAACUCAGGAGUCAGACUGCUCUCUGCUGGACUGGAGGAUCCAAACUGCAGACUGGAGAAACUCAAAUAUGUAGAGGAUUUGUUUUAAUCUGUGUUGAUGAUUGACAUACUGUAAUAGAGCUUGAGACCACCUGAGUGUAGGGAAGGGUACUGGUAGAUCAGAGUAGACCACCUGAGUGGAGGGAAGGGUACUGGUAGAUCAGAGUAGACCCCCCGAGUGGAGGGACAGGUACUGGUAGAUCAGAGUAGACCACCCGAGUGGAGGGACAGGUACUGGUAGAUCAGAGUAGACCACCCGAGUGGAGGGACAGGUACUGGUAGAUCAGAGUAGACCCCCCGAGUGGAGGGACAGGUACUGGUAGAUCAGAGUAGACCACCCGAGUGGAGGGACAGGUACUGGUAGAUCAGAGU